AUGGGUAUGGAAAGUAGUGAUCAAGUAGUCAUUCACUCCUCCAUUGCGCUGUUGCAGGAGCGGUUCAAGAGAUUGAGGAGGGUGAAGGAGAUGAGACAGAGGAAGGAAAUGCUGAGAAAGUUAUGGGAAUCUGAAAAUUAUAGCAACCAUUCCAGUAAUAAUCCUACUGAAACUACCCAUUUUAAGCCAUCAACCAAGUGUUUUUUUGAAAAAGAUCAAACAGUACUAAACCCUCCACCGAGGCAUUCGGUUUCUCUGUCCCUCUGGCCUAGCUCAGAAAUCAAACACAACAGCUUCAGGGGAGUUGAUAUCAAACCAGAAUUGGUGAAAUCGUGGCUCACUGAUAAGCCCUCGUUGCGCGCCCCGCCGAGCAGAUUCAAGGGCUCGGAUUCUGAAGUUGAUACCUCUCUUCAUCUUUAG